CCAGGCGCCGCCCUACGUCAUCAAUCGCGCCGAAAUUCUCAAGCUAAGCAUGGCGGCUGAUCUGCGUCUUCCCGCUCCUCGGAAGCGUUCCACCGAUUUACCGAAGGAGCAAGGCAAGCAUCUCGUGGCUCCGGGUGAUGUUAUUACUACGGACUCUGGCUUCAUGAGGGGUCAUGGAACAUAUAUGGACGAUGAAAAGCUUGUGGCAUCUGUUGCUGGAGUGGUGGAGCGUGUGAACAAAUUGAUUUGCGUCAGACCUCUGAAAACUAGGUUCAAUGGAGAAGUUGGGGAUGUGGUGGUUGGCAGAAUAACAGAGGUUCAGCAAAAAAGAUGGAAAGUGGAGACAAAUUCUCGCUUGGACUCAGUGCUACUGCUAUCAUCUGUUAAUCUUCCAGGUGGAGAGCUAAGACGAAGAUCUUCUGAAGAUGAAUUGGCAAUGAGGGAAUAUUUACAAGAGGGAGACCUCAUCAGUGCUGAGGUACAAUCAGUGUUUGCAGAUGGUGCUUUGUCUCUUCACACCCGUAGUCUUAAGUAUGGCAAGCUGGGUCAAGGUGUGCUGGUACAAGUGUCUCCUUCAUUGAUAAAGCGACGUAAGACUCAUUUCCACAACCUCACUUGUGGUGCAUCUAUCAUUCUAGGAAAUAAUGGUUAUGUGUGGAUAUACCCAACUCCAACAGAGCAAAACGAGGAGGCCGGGGGCUUUGUGACUAAUACUGAGCCAGUUCCCCUCUCGGACAGGGAAGUAAUCUCAAGGUUACGGAACUGCAUUCUUGCAUUGUCUAUGCACAAGAUGCUGCUGUAUGAUACCAGCAUUCUGUACUCUUAUGAAUCUGCAUUCCAUCAUCAGAUCAAGGACAUUCUGAAGCCAGAAAUAAUGGAGGAGAUAAUCGAAGAGACAAGACGGCGUAUUCUGGAACAGGAGGGUUAGGAGAAAAAUAAAUGCAACCCCCAGGUCAUUCAGUGGGUCGAAAUUGGUUGACAGACCAUGGUAGUGACUACUGAGAAUACUGUGCAAGGACAACAGCUUAUGCACUCUCUGCUGAAGAAUACACCUUGAACUGGCUCAGGACCAAUAGCCACCCACUUGUCACACGGAAGUGGAUAAGCUUCUUUCAGAGUUUUGUUUUAUAGGCUGCGUGCAACUUUCUGAGUUAUGUAUAGAUCUUGGUUUAUUUUUGAUUUUGUACAAAGACAAAUACUCCACAUUCUAAA